UAAACUCUCACUUUGUUCCAUCAUCUGAAGUCAUCUCAGUCCUAUCCGCUUCAGAUAGAUGUAUACUUCCUAAGACUCUUAUCGCCAUUUCGAUCGAGGCUGAUCUGCAUUCUCGUACAUAAUCCCCGAUAAGGAUGAGCAACCGGAUUUCGCAGGAUAUCGACCCCUCGGAGGCUCCUCCCUUCGUCCACAAGGUCGGGAAGCCCCCGAAGCAGAAGCUUUUGAAGGAGUUCACGUCCACCGUGAAGGAGACUCUCUUCCCGGAUGACCCGCUCCGGCAGUUCAAGGACCAGCCGAGGUCGAGGAAGUUAGUCCUAGGGAUCCAGUCCGUGUUCCCGAUCCUCGACUGGGGAAGGAACUACAGCCUUCAAAAGUUCAAGGGGGACCUCAUCGCGGGGCUCACCAUUGCGAGCCUUUGCAUCCCUCAGGACAUAGCGUAUGCGAAGCUCGCCAAUCUCGAACCUCAGUAUGGCCUAUACAGUAGCUUCGUUCCGCCCCUUGUAUAUGCCUUCAUGGGCAGCUCGAGAGAUAUCGCGAUAGGGCCGGUAGCUGUUGUGUCUCUACUGCUCGGGACUCUUCUUAGGGAAGAGAUCGACCCGAACGAGAAUCCUCAUGACUACCAGCGUCUCGCCCUCACUGCGACUUUCUUCGCAGGCAUCACCCAGUUUAGUCUCGGGUUUCUCAGGCUCGGGUUUUUGAUAGACUUCCUGUCCCACGCUGCGAUAGUCGGCUUUAUGGCAGGUGCUUCCGUGACUAUUGCUCUUCAGCAGUUGAAGGGUAUGCUUGGCAUAAAAGACUUCACGAAGAAGACCGAUAUCAUCUCGGUCUUGAGAUCAGUUUUUAAGGCAGCGCAUCACGGGUGGAAUUGGCAGACGAUACUUAUCGGGGUGACAUUCCUAGCCUUCCUUCUGAUUGCUAAGUACAUCGGUAAGAAAAACAAGAAGUUAUUCUGGGUCGCUGCAAUUUCUCCAUUGACAUCUGUUAUCAUCUCCACCUUCUUCGUUUACAUCACCCGAGCCGAUAAGCAAGGAGUGGCAAUAGUGAAACAUAUCAAUAAGGGCGUGAACCCUCCGUCGGUGAAUGAGAUCUACUUCACUGGCCAUUAUCUCUCCAAGGGCUUUAGAAUCGGAAUCGUGGCAGGCAUGGUCGCACUAACAGAAGCGGUGGCCAUUGCACGAACAUUCGCUGCCAUUAAAGACUACCAGAUAGACGGAAACAAAGAAAUGGUUGCGCUCGGGACGAUGAACGUGAUCGGUUCGUUGACUUCAUGCUACGUAGCUACAGGAUCGUUCUCCCGAUCGGCGGUUAAUUUCAUGGCCGGGUGCAAUACAGCGGUAUCCAACAUCGUGAUGUCCGGUGUUGUCUUGCUAACACUUGAAGUAAUUACCCCCUUAUUUAAGUACACCCCUAAUGCUAUUCUGGCCGCCAUCAUUAUAUCUGCUGUCGUGGGCCUCUUCGACAUAGAUGCUGCGAUUUUGAUAUGGAAGAUCGACAAGUUGGACUUCAUUGCUUGCGUGGGAGCCUUCUUUGGUGUGACCUUCAUCUCUGUCGAGAUCGGCCUCUUAAUCGCCGUCACCAUCUCCUUUGCAAAAAUCCUCUUACAAGUGACGAGGCCUCGAACAGCUAUCCUAGGGAAAUUACCAAGGACGACGGUCUAUAGAAAUAUUCUGCAAUACCCGGAAGCAUCGAAGGUUCCUGGAGUAUUAAUCGUGAGGGUCGACUCUGCCAUUUAUUUCUCAAACUCCAACUAUAUAAGGGAGAGGAUCUUGCGAUGGCUUACCGAUGAAGAGGAGCAUCUGAAGGAAAAUCAUCAGCCAAGAAUCCAGUUCUUGAUCAUCGAGAUGUCGCCUGUUACGGACAUUGACACGAGCGGAAUUCACGCAUUCGAAGAGUUGUACCGAGGUCUCCAAAAGAGAGAUGUUCAGCUCAUUCUGGCGAACCCUGGGCCCAACGUGAUCGACAAGCUCCACACUUCGAAGUUUACGGAUAUGAUAGGAGAAGAUCACAUCUUCCUCACAGUAGCUGAUGCUGUCACGGCUUGUGCUCCGAAGUAUCAGGAAGCCUAGAUGGCCUUCUGCACAAGUUUUCUGUUCGAACAAUAAGGGUUUGCGCUCCAAGAAACUAUAGCUCCGUACACCUUGAAACCGCGAACUACUUGCUCUUAUUAGUAUACGAGUUGGAUAGAUGGGCUCGUAAAAGCUUGUUGGCGGUCCAUGGCGUGUUUGAGCCACGAAAUGAACGAGAUUCAUUUCGAGGCAAUCGUCUGUACGCUAGAAUAUCAAUCUUAAUUUGCAGUGUAUGUUAUCAUUCUCCGUCUCCUAAUGUAACGAUAUGUUUCUAAUGCAAAGAAAAGUAUCAAGACGGACAACUGCUCCAUUUGUCUUCCCAUAUAGCCAUGCCGAUGAACUUGUGGGACUCGAGAACGUCUUUAUCAAGGAAAUAGUGCCCUAAAGCCAUGCUAUUGAACUUGUGAGACGCGAGAACUGUUCUUAUCAAGGAAAUAGUGCCAUAAAGCCAUGCUGAUGAACUUGCGGGACUCGAGAACGUCCUUUCUAAGGAAAUAAAAGAGCACGUCAAUGAAGAGAGAAAAUAACAUAAUAGUGCACAUCUCGCCUAGUGAUCAAAAAAUCUCAAAUUUGAUACCUAAUGAAACUACUCGUGCCUCUUUAUUAGAUAUUUUAGAUUUCCAUUUCAAUAUACUAAACCCAUCAGCCUUCCUUAUAACCGGAAAAAAAAAAAAAA